AUGGUCCGCCUAAUCACGCACAACCUGCUCGCAUGCCACGCCAAAGGCUGCACGACGAACAACUUCCCGCUGCAGUUCCAGGACGCCGCCGUCGAGCUGCGCGAGGCCGAGUUCAACGCGGACUUCCUCCGCGGCUUCCUCCCCCGCCUCGAGUGGCCCGCGCUCGUCGGCGCCGCGCGCCAGCUUGGGGACACUUCGUUGCCCGCGGAGCAGCCGGAGAUGGUGGACGAUGAGUUUCUGCAAAAGUUGCACCAUGUUCUGCUCGAGAUGCACGUCGAGGAGGGCGCGAUGGUGUGCCAAAACUGCAAGCAUGUGUACCCGAUCUCGAAUGGGAUCCCAAACAUGUUGCUCGCCGAGCAUGAGAUCGGCUAA